AAACUACAGAAUUUGGAAUUCGUUUUAGCAAAAUGUCAGAAAAUAUGAAUAUGAAACGUGUAGCAGUGAUCGGGGCAGGUGCUAGUGGGUUAACAGCUAUCAAAUGCUGUCUUGACGAGGGACUUGAACCUGUAUGUUUUGAGAGGGGUAACUAUAUCGGUGGAUUAUGGCAUUACACAGAAAAGGCAGAGGAAGGUCAGGCAUGUGUAAUGAAAUCUACGGUGAUUAAUACAUCAAAGGAGAUGAUGUGUUACAGUGAUUUUCCUAUACCGGGAGAGUUCUCUAUAUAUAUGCAUAAUAAAUAUGUAGACAAGUAUUUUCAUAUGUACGCAGAUGAGUUUGGACUCAAGAAACAUAUACACUUCAACACAGAGGUGACAUCAGUGAAACCGACAAACAGUUUUAAAACUGAUGGUACAUGGCAUAUUGUUACAAGAGAAAAGUCAACAGGAGACACAAAAACACACGUGUUCGAUGGAGUGCUUGUAUGUACUGGGCACCACGCUGAGAAAAACAUACCUAAUUUCCCUGGGUUAGAUAAAUUCAAAGGCACCGUAACGCACACGCAUGAUUACAAAGAUUUCCAUGGUUACGAGGACAAGAGAGUUUUGAUCAUUGGCAUUGGAAACUCGGGUGGGGAUGUUGCUACAGAGCUAAGUCGUUUAACUUCUCAGGUUUACCUAAGUACACGAUCAGGUACAUGGCUAUUUAAAAGAGUUGGAGACAGAGGGAUUCCAGGCGAUAUGAUGAUCAUAAAACGUUUCAGUACGGAUGUAUUAAGAAGGAUGCCAUCGUUAAUUACAGCUUACAUAAAGACUCAAUUAAACCGCCGAUUUGAUCAUAUGAAAUAUGGACUACAACCAAAACAUGCCCCUCUUUCCGCUCACCCAACCCUGAAUGAUGAACUCCCGAAUAGAAUUAUUUCAGGCAGCGUAGUGAUUAAAGAUGACGUAAAAGAAUUCACCGAGAAUGGCGCAGUAUUUGUAGAUGGCACAAAAGUCGACAACAUCGAUGCAGUGGUAUUGGCGACAGGAUACAUAUUUGGUUUUCCAUUUAUUGACGAAAGUGUGUUGAAAGUAGAAGAUAAUAAAGUAAAUUUAUAUAAGUACAUGUUUCCACCAGAUUUAGAGAAGCAAACGCUUGCAAUUAUAGGAUGUUUUCAGCCAAUUGGAGCGAUAAUGCCAAUUUGUGAAUUGCAGUGCCGACUCGUAACACGUGUUAUUAAGGGACAAGUAGUGUUGCCAGGCAAAGACGAAAUGUGGCAGGAUAUCAGAGCUAAGCAGCAAGCUAUGGCCUUUAGAUAUAAGAAAUCGCGGCGACAUACGAUACAAGUCGAUUAUGUCCCCUUUAUGGAUGAGCUUGCAGAACUUAUAGGUUGUAAACCAAACUUAAAGAAGCUGUUCUUGAAAGAUCCAAAACUUGCCAUGGAGUGUUAUUUCGGACCAUGUACUCCGUAUCAAUUUCGUCUAACGGGACCUGGUGCAUGGCAAGGUGCUAGAGAAGCAAUAUUAACACAGUGGGACAGGACGUAUCAACCACUGAAAACGAGACAGUGUGGCGAAGAACCCUCGGGAAAUGGCUUUGGUGUCUUUCAUAUACUGAUAAUUCUAGUCGCAAUAAUGUUGUUCUAUUAUAUUAUCUAAAUUUUACAGAUGAUACAUUGAAUUUGGUAGAAAAUGCUCGAUUCGGAAUGCAAAUACAAGUGUGCGGAUAUACAAUAUUUACAUUAUUAGUUUGUACAAAACAGGACACAAUCAUAUUACAUGGUAGUUUGUAUUUUAACCUCUGAUUUAAUACGGAUUGAAAGUAGUUCCACCAUGCAUGUGGUUUUACAGAGCUGUAAUCAUUGAUAAUGUAAUACUAUAACGAAUGUAUAUAUAUAUAUGACAUCCAAAGGAAAAUUAAGUUAAUUUUGAUAAAACUAUAAUUGAAUACAUUACUAUUUAAUUAUGCCCACUGAUGUACAAUUAUAACCAAAUCCGAUUUAAUGUCAACAGGUAGACAUUUUGUACUUUCGGUUUCUACAACCAUAAUAAUAAGUAUAUAAAUAGUG